GCGGAAAUAGAAGUGUAGCUAACAGGUUSUAGCUAAAUUUCUAUUUUAAAACAAUACUAUUAUGUAUUGAUUUUGACGUGUGGCUUAACGACGUUUCUUUCGAAGUAAAUUUCGUUUGGAACAAUAUGCCAUAAACCGAAUGUUCUAAUUUGUGUAUUUAAAAGGCUUCUUGUUUUGAUCAGGAGCUUGCAUCACGUGUAUCCACUUCUAAUCCGUGUGUGGAUUUUUUUUUUUUUAAUCUUUGUACAAAACUAUUGUAACCAAAGGUUUUCCAUGGCGUGGUGAGUGACGGGCAGCAAAACCAAUGAGGUGCGUCCUCCCGCAGAAAGCCUCGCCUCUGAUCCAGUGCUUUGUUUACAUUAUACUGCAGUAAAAUCUGGAUGCUUUAGGGGUUGUUUUUGUUUGUGCACGAGUUGUUUAAUGAGUAAUGAAGCAUCAAGAGUAUGGAAAAAUACAUUUUGAUCAUUUAAAUAUGUUAAAUACAUGAUAAAAGGUUCAGUUUUGCAAAGUUGUUUUGUUCGAAAUACAUAAGUGAAUCCCACAUUGAAGCAGCAGAUGACCACCUAAUCCCUAAUUAUCUGUUCUUAAUCCACUGCGUCAAUCCCUCCAGAUGAUUUCUGUAUAUUAGCCUGCUGUGUUGCUUUGACCCAGCUUUGAUCAGUGCUCCUUGAGCUAUCUUUGAACUGCAAGAGCUGAGUCUGUAUUCRUUUUUGGCUGCAGAUAACUGAGACCAGGAGCAGGAACACCCAAGGGUCCCUGUAKGUUUUAGAUAAUGCUAGAAAAGGCAAGACCUGCUUUAUUUACAUAUAUUUUGUAAUGUUUAAAUUAAUGUGAUUUACAAUAAUAUCAGGAUGAAAAUGUCCAUGACCUUUAAUGGUUUUUGUCAUCCUUAGAUUAGUGGAAGACCACACAGGAGGAUCAGGUGUAAUGUGAUCUCUUGGACAGUUAAGAAGACCUCUGUUGUCCCAUGUAGCCCUGGAGACAUUUCCCUUUUUUAUGUGGACAGUCUUUUGUUCAAAACUCAGUUAAAAGUGACUCACUGUCCAGACUUGUAAUCAAAAACUGAUCGUUUUCCCGGUACUUUUUUUGUUCGGGGUCUUCCAGUGAAAUCGAUGAGCUGUCGAAACCAUGUGCAACAAAUCGCUGUCUGUGUGUCCAUGGCGACUGGCCUGCCAGCUGUUGAAUGUGUCCGGUACUUUGUUGCACACCCAACUAUAGCAACAAAGGCCACAUUCUCAAGUUUAUAGAUCAACUAGUAACUUUGGAUUUGAGCUUGCUGAACAAACCUCUUAUUGACGUAUCUUAUGCGAAACUGAACGCCACGAUGCCUCGAAACGACGAGCGACCCUGCUCCACGUCCAGCGGCGAGGAYCAAGGCAGCGAUGCAGAUUCGUUGUCGGAAUCGUGCGCGAGCACGACGACGUCCGGCAACCUCGACUCCUCCCGUAACAGCUUCAACAGCGACGGCUCCAGCAAACAUUGCACUCCUUCCUCAAGCCCACCCAAGUUUUUGACUCUAGAGGAAGUCAUGCAGGCUGGAAAAGACCUGUUUGAUCUCAAAAUCACACAUGAGAUGAUUAUGAACAAGGCUUUCCACCUGAAGCCAAACCCCGAGCCACCGAACAGUUUAUGGAAAAUGGUAAAGGAAAACGUCCGCAAGGUCUUCUGGGACAUCCUGGAGUCUGAGCUGAACAGUGACCCACCUGAAUAUCAACAUGCCAUCAAGUUAUUGGAGGAGAUCAGAGAGAUCUUGCUCUCAUUCCUUAAUCCGGGUGCCAAUCGGAUGCAGACUCAGAUCAUGGAGGUGCUGGACAUGGACCUGAUCCGUCAGCAGGCAGACAAUGAUGCUGUAGACAUCCAAGGACUCGCCUCAUACAUCAUUACCACCAUGAGCAAGAUAUGUGCCCCAGUAAGGGACAAGGAGAUCAAGAAGCUACGAGAAUUAAACACGGAUAAUACAGUGACACUCUUUAGGGAGAUUUUUCAUGUUCUGGACCUGAUGAGGAUUGACAUUGUCAACAGUGAGAUCAGAAACGUGCAACCUGUGCUGCAGAUGAUCAGCGCUGAAUACGAGAGGGAAAAGUUUCAAAUUGUCUUGGACAAAACCCCCACUGCUUUAAACAAUACCACCUCCUGGAUCCAGUCGGCUGUAGAAGAGCUGCUUUCAGCCUCCGUCCCCACAGAAAAACCCAGCGACUCGGAGAAAGGAUUCAGAGCUCUCCCCGGGCCUUACCAGAUCCUCAACACUGCUUUCUUUCACAUCCUCAAGUGGGACUUCUCCAAGGGCCCAGUACCUGAGACUUGGAUGACAGAUGAGACCCGACUAGAAGAGCUCCAGUGGCAGCUGAAGCAGUGCGAGGCGGUGAACGAGGUGCUGCUCAUCCUGUUCAGCACCGUGGGCGAGCCGGUCCAGGGGCUCGCUUCCCUGUUGGACCGCUUGAAGAGAAUGAUCAGCGUGCUGCUUGACGGGAUGCACAAAAAGGAGUCUAACCUAAAAGAAGCACUAGAGGGCGUCAGUGCGCAGGUUUGCUGUGAGCUCAACAAGUCUUUAAUAGAGAGGAACUACCCUGCACUGACCCCAGAGCUGCAGGCUACACUAACAGGACAGAUCUGCAGCAUCAGUCAGAAGGAUAAUCCCAUUCGCACUCUAGUUGAGGAUCGUGUGCAGCAGUACUUCAUGGGGAUCCUCUCUGACCCCAAACCCCAGGUCAAGCUUGAAGAGGUGCCUGCAGGUCUGGCCGCCGUCAAGCCGGAGCUCGUGCUGAUCGGCAAAACCUUCCUGUCUCUUGUCAACUACAACAGGGCUGUUUACGGACCUUUUUAUGCGAAUAUCAUCAGGAAGCUGCUGUUCGGCGAUGCCGCUCCACCAGGAAGCCUUCCUCAGGAACCAGCUCAGAAG